AUGUCACUUACAUUGAAGAUCUCGUCACUUGUAAUCCGAACAUUAUCUAAACCUAUCGCAAAUCAAAUCAAAGCCCAGGCUCGCGAACAUGAACGUUUCCGCCGCCUCUGUAUCUCAAUGGCACAAGGCCUCCAUAGGAUCGAUAUGCGGCUUCGUUUAGGUCCUGUUCGGGCCAAAAAUGCUGAAAAAGUCAUGACAGACGCCCGAGUCGAGCUGGAAAAACUGACACCAUCAUCGCCAACCGUCAAAACAGCAGCUGAAGUGAAGGCAGAGGAAAAAGCUUUAGCAAAAGUGAAGGCGGCCUCCGAAGAGAUUGCGAAGCCCCCAUAUCAUCGUAUUCGUCCGCUGUCCGAGACUAAGGCCAUUGAGUCCGGCGCCAACUUUAUCAGCGAGACAUUCCUCUUCAUGGUAGCUGGCGGUCUGAUAUUUUACGAGGCAUGGCGAUCCAAACGCAAAGAAACUACUAGAAAUACCGGUGUUGAGGAUCGUCUAAAUGAGCUUGUGCAAGCGGAGAAGGCUGCACGAGAGUCUCUCCUCGUCCUAGAGAAGGAACUGCUGCGGCUAAAAGCCAAGCACGGGCUGCCCAAAUCAACCCAUCACAUCCUGCCUCGUGAAAUAUGGGAGAAAGAGUCUGACGUUGAGACAAAGGAUGAAAUUGAGGAGGGGUGGUUUGAUUGGGUCAAGAACUAUAUCCCCCUUGGCUCCCAAGCUACUCCCCUAUCCCUACUCCUGUCACCGAAGCUGUGA